CCUCGUCAUUAGUUCGUGGUCCCAACCCUGCUUGCCGUGUGCCGUUUCUUUUCAUAUUCAGGCAGCUUUCCCCUAAAAUCCCUUUUAUAUCACCAUCUCCUUCCUACCUUAUUGGGUAACAAUCUGCACUUCAUUCCGCUGUCGUUUGGCAGUACUUCUCAAGGCGUCCCAUUAUUGCCCAACGCGGAACGCUACCGCUGGUUUGCAUCCCCCCCCUUUCUCGACUUCCAGCCUUUAUCUUCUCCCAUAAUCUCUUGCAAGAGGCUUUCUGUUCGACUUGUGUAUUUGAACCAUUUAUUAUCACGUUCGAGAACCACUCAUUCGUCCAUCCCCACAAGCUCCCAUCAUACCGGCUUUUGUUUACAAUGGAUUACACCGAGGAUAACCAGAACUCUGCUCCCGGCAGCGUCCAAGCCUCCAAGCUCAAUGCUGCUCGCAAGGGUCCCGAUUCGCAGAGCGUCACCAAACGGCUCCAGACCGAGCUGAUGACCCUCAUGACAUCGCCGGCCCCCGGAAUCUCCGCAUUCCCCUCUGCCGACGGCAAUCUUAUGUCUUGGACCGCCACCAUCGAGGGCCCCGACGAUACACCUUAUUCGGGACUCACCUUUAAGCUGAGCUUCGCGUUUCCUUCAAACUAUCCGUAUGCCCCACCGACAGUCCUCUUCAAGACGCCAAUCUACCACCCCAACGUCGAUUUCUCUGGCCGCAUCUGUCUCGAUAUUCUCAAGGACAAGUGGACUGCCGCCUACAACAUUCAGACCGUUCUGCUGAGUCUGCAGAGCUUACUCGGCGAGCCCAACAAUGCCUCUCCAUUAAACGGCGAGGCAGCAGAGCUGUGGGACAAGGACAUGGAGGAGUUCAAGAAGAAGGUUUUGGGACGACAUCGCGACAUUGAGGAGGAGUAAAGGAGUUCAUAGCGUGCAGACUUUUAUGAUUUUACGUUAUUGGGUAUUUGGAGUCUUUGGAGCACGAUUCGAUCGUUUUGAAAGGGUAUUUGGGUGUAUUUUGCAUUUCCACAGCCAAGGGCUGGGAUAGGAGGGCUACCUGCCCCUUCCACAAGCGCAUGACCGGUUACAACAUAUAAUAGAACCUGUCGAACAAAUCAUGACCAAUCACCGCCUCACCAGGCUAUUUUCCCGUCACUCUCCCUUCUGAAGCAGUCAGGGACUCUCUGCCGCAGGCAAUUAUCGCAUGGGCGAGGUUGUUGUGGAAUAAAAAAAAAACCUUUGUUGAUCACAUUGCCGUCUUUUAUUUUCAGCGUGAAAAGCUAGAAGAGCCGGUUGCAACUCCGUAAUGCCAUGCCACCCCAGAACCAUUCCCAAAGAGAAACAAAUUUUCUUUACUCCUCAACGACCUCAGUCGCAAGGCCCUUGGGGUUCUUGACGUUGACAGCCUGAACGUAGCUGUACAGCUUCUCCUUGGCACCCUCCUCAUCGUUUCGUCGUCGGGAGAUUCGUACUCGGAUUCUGUAAGCAACACCCUUGACACCCUGCUCCCAGACCUUCUUGUUGAGCUGGGGGUCGAUCCGGACGUCAGUGGUACCCAUGGCCUUGGUGGCGAAGGACUUGAUCUCCUUGAUGGCACGGGGAGCCCUCUUCUUGAAAGUGACACCAUGCAGUCUCUUGUGCAUGUGGAUGGUGUACUCGCGGGCAACCACGUCCGCAAUGGCGGAGCGCUGGGUAGGCUUCUUUGACGACAUUUCUGGGUCGGAUUGAGGGCGGCGUGGCGGCAAGUGCUGGGGAUUCUCUUGCGACCAAAGUUUGGCAGAGAUUCCGUGGAU